AAAAUUUUAGCCUGUAAUAUAAUUUAUUUACAAAUAUAAAUUUUUAUAUUUAAUUAUUCCAAGUUAUUAUUUACAUAUUCAAAUUUGUAAAUAACUCCAUGUGUUAGCUGGCAAAGUUUUUGUUUGAAAAGUUCUGGUGAUUUUCUCGUGUUAUUGUUGUAUUUUGACUUAGUGAUGUCGAAGGAGGCCGAAAUAUCGACGAGUCAUAAAGUUAUAGAAGGAAAAGCAUUAAUAACAUUUCCCAACUCGAACGAAGUCUUUUAUAAUCCUGUUCAAGUUUUUAACAGAGAUGUAAGUGUGGCUUGUAUUCACGUUUUUAAAGAAGAUUUGUUUCCCCAAACGGUAAAAUACGAAAAGAAAAAGAAGCAAAAGACGAACAACAAUGACAACAAAGAUACGGAUGUCUCACAAACAGAACAGUCAAGCAAUGAAACUCCAGGUUUUGUGGUUUUUGAAGGCCUUGCAGCAUCUGGGUUGCGCUCUAUACGUUAUGCCCUGGAGAUACCUGGCAUUGAAAAGGUAAUUGCAACUGAUAUAAGCAUUGAUGCUGUUAAACUUAUGCAGAAGAAUAUUGAGGAAAAUAAUGUGUCAGGAUUGGUUGAACCACUUCAAAUGGAUGCUAGUUUAGUCAUGUAUCAACAUCGAUAUCCUGUCAUGUCUCGAUUUGAUGUCAUUGACCUUGAUCCGUAUGGUUCUCCAGCAGAAUUCCUAGAUGGUGCUGUCCAAUGUAUUAUUGAUGGUGGUCUUCUGGCUGUCACAUGCACAGAUAUGGCAGUACUUUGUGGUAACCACAGUGAGGCUUGUUAUGCAAAAUAUGGAAGUAUGUCAUUGAAAGGAAAGUUUUGUCAUGAAAUGGCUUUGAGGAUUAUUUUAUCAAGCAUUGAGUCACAUGCAAACCACUAUAAAAGAUACAUUGUUCCGUUGUUGUCCAUCAGUGCAGACUUCUACAUACGUGUUUUUGUUCAAGUUUUUACCAGUGCAUCAGAAGUGAAGAGAUCUGCAAGCAAGAAAUCAUUAGUUUAUCAUUGCAUUGGAUGUGGAAGUUUUUUCUUUCAACCAGUUGGUAAAAGAAUUGAAGUUGGUAAUUCGAAGAAAUCCCCAGGUGUUGGUCCACCCGUAGGAGAAACAUGUGAACAUUGUGGAAGAAAAUUCCAUGUUGGUGGACCAAUAUGGUCUGAACCUAUUCAUGAUCUUCAGUUUGUCAAUAAAGUUUUGGAGAAAGUCAAGAUGAAUCGUGAGAGCUAUAAAACUUCAGAAAGAAUAAUUGGAAUGUUGACGUUGAUAACUGAAGAACUUCCCCAUUCUCCUCUUUAUUACACCCUUGAUCAUCUCAGCUCCAUUGUUCAUUGUACAACUCCAUCAAUGAUUAAACUGCGUUCAGCAAUAUUGCGAUGUGGAUACAAAGUUUCAGGUUCUCAUGCCGCUAAACUUGCCAUUAAAACAAACGCUCCAAGUAACGUUAUUUGGGACAUUAUGCGGACGUGGGUCAAGGAUCAUCCAUCAAAGAAAAAUCACGAAAGAUCUCCAGGUUUUGAUAUCUUAAAAAUCGCACCUAAAACUGAAGUCAGUUUUGAGUUUCACUUUGAAGCAAACCCUGUCUCAAAGCAACUAAAAAUGGUGCGAUUUCCAGAAAACCCCGAACCAGAAUGGGGUCCUAAGGCCAGGGCAAAAAGAAAAGCAGAUUCAGAUGACUUGGCUAAGAAACGUUUACGAAAUCAAGGAAAACGUAAAAAGCGGGAAAGUGACGCAGACCAACGUUAAAAUUUUGAAAUUCGAAUGCAAGAGAUUCAAAAAAAGCAUCAAGCACUCAAAGCCAGAAAAGUGAUUGUUCAUUGAUUUGAACUAAAAUUUUGCCGUCAUUAUGACGUUAUAUAGCUACCCAAGUUAAAUAUCAUUUUAUGAAAUUUUUGAGUACUUUGUCUGCAUCUAAAAUAUAUUAUUCUUUUUUGAAAAUUAUGGUAAAAUAACUUGAUAUUUUUUAGUAUACAAAUUUAAGAAUAUAACUUUUGAAAUUAAAAUAACCCAACUAUUCCGAAGCUUAAACUUCAUGUAAACCAGAAUUAACAAUAGCAAUGGAACACAAACACCGAGACCAGCACAUGCGUGGUUGAAAUAACGAAGGAUAAAAUUUAAAGUGAUAUGAUUGUAUAGCGAUUUGACAUGAAAAUAUAACCACAAAUGACGUUGAAAA